CACCUUUCACCUCCACCUCCACCCCCAGACCUAGAAUCAAUCCCCACCCCCAAAUCCCCCACUGCUCCAAUCGGAGGAGCUCCCUCCGGUCCGGCUGGUGGUGUGUUCCCGCGGGGCGGGGCUGAGCUCCGAGGCCGUACGGAUCGGGCGCGGCGAUGGACGGCGGGGUAGCUGCUGCGGCCGCCGCGGCCGCGGCGGCGUCGACGGUGACCACGGCGGUCGCGCCUCCCGGGGCGGCGGGGGCGGGCGCGCCGCCGCCGUUCCUGAUGAAGACGUACGACAUGGUGGACGACCCGGCCACGGACGCCGUCGUCUCCUGGGGGCCGGCCAACAACAGCUUCAUCGUGUGGAACACGCCCGAGUUCGCCCGGGACCUCCUCCCCAAGUACUUCAAGCACAACAACUUCUCCUCCUUCGUCAGGCAGCUCAACACCUACGGAUUCAGAAAAGUUGAUCCAGACAAGUGGGAAUUUGCAAAUGAGGGUUUUUUGAGAGGUCAAAAACAUCUACUGAAGACCAUCAACAGAAGGAAACCAUCGCAUGCAAACAACCAAGUGCAAGUGCCACAGCAGCAACCCCAGCAGCAGCAUCAGCAGCAACCCCAGUUGCAGAAUGCUCCAAUGCCUUCUUGUGUAGAGGUGGGGAAGUUUGGGAUGGAGGAAGAGAUUGAGAUGCUAAAGAGGGAUAAAAACGUUCUAAUGCAGGAGCUUGUCAGGCUGAGACAGCAACAGCAGACCACUGACCAUCAGCUGCAGACUUUGGGCAAGCGUCUUCACGGAAUGGAGCAGCGACAGCAACAAAUGAUGUCUUUCCUGGCCAAAGCAAUGCAGAGUCCUGGCUUCCUAGCACAGUUUGUACAGCAGAACGAAAACAGCAAAAGAAGAAUAGUAGCUGCCAACAAGAAAAGGAGGCUACCUAAGCAAGAUGAUGGCCUGAACUCUGAAAGUGCGUUGUUGGAUGGCCAGAUAAUCAAGUAUCAGCCUAUGAUCAACGAAGCAGCCAAAGCAAUGCUGAGGAAGAUCCUGCAGCAGGAUACCUCCCCACACAGAUUUGAAUCCAUGGGCAAUUCAGAUAAUUUGCUCCUGGAGAACUGUAUGCCAAGUGCUCAAACUUUUGACAGCUCUUCAUCAACCCGGAAUUCUGCAGUCACCCUUGCAGAGGUCCCAGGCAACUCAGGCAUGCCAUAUAUGCCCACGAGCUCUGGGCUUUCAGCAAUUUGUUCAUCGUCAACUCCCCCUGAGAUGCAGUGUCCAGUUCUGGACAGCAACUCAUCCACACAACUUCCCACACAACUUCCCAACAUGAGUGCUGCAUCUUCUAUUCCAAAGGCUAUGACACCAGGUUUAAGUGAUAUCAGCAUUCCAGGAUUCCCAGAUCUGCAUGAUCUCAUAACGGAGGACGCAAUUAAUAUUCCUGUAGAGAACUAUGCAAUGCCUGGUCCUGAGUGUAUAUUCCCCCUACCAGAUGAAGGCAGUGAUGACUCUGUUCCCAUGGACCCCAUCGACACUGAUGAGACCGAUGACACCCAGAAGCUUCCAGGAAUCAUUGAUUCCUUCUGGGAGCAGUUCCUUUGUGCCAGCCCUCUCUCCAUCGACAACGACGAGGUCGAUUCAGGUCUGCUGGACACAAGGGAAGCGCAAGAGGAGAAUGGAUGGACCAGGACCGAGAACUUGGCAAAUCUCACUGAACAAAUGGGGUUGCUGUCAUCCAACCAUAGAGGGUGAGGUACCUACUCACAGCGACCCUCUCUCAAGGCGCCCUGGGGUCCAACCUGGUAAUAAAACUAGCUCCUAUAGUUUAUCCUUACGCAAUCAUACUGAACUGUGAAAUGCCUGUCGACAGCCGGUGUGGGAGGACUCCGAUCUUUUUGUAUCUAUAAGGUUUUCUGGCAGGCGUAAAAACUAACGACCGUGCGUUGUGUUUCUGCUGUGCUCGUCUGGUUGCGACUAACACCGACCUGAACCCAAACAUGUAAAAGACUAGCAGCUCCUCGCGCUAUCCAGGGUCGCUGGCCUCUAUGGAAUCCAGAAAAAUGGUGGUGUUUGGCACUUGUGUUGUGUGUAUUGCUGAUUUUUGGGUUAAUCUUUUCGCUGCUGCUGGGGCCAAGGCUUGUUCUAGGUUUGGUAGGAACCUCGUUUCUUGGCAUGGAGUCGACGUUUCUUGUAUGGAAGGAGACCCUCCCUAUAUGUGUAUUUUCUUGUAUGGAAGGAGCCGAUCUAAUCUUUUACCACGACGAAGCAGGAAGAGUGCACGAUGUUUAAUUUGCUUUCGGUGAUGUUAUGUUUGGUCGUACAACACCGAAACUUUUACUAGUCAAGCAGUAUUCCAUUUGUACCUGACUAAACUUAGUCUUAAACUGGACAAGUUUAAUGACUGAAAGCCUGUGUGCAUUCGGACC